AUGGCCACCGACUACAGCAAAAAGACCAAUGCCGAUCUGGUCGAAAUCUUGAAGGCCCGAUCCCUUCCCCACACUGGAAAGAAGGCCGACUUGGUUGCCCGAAUCCAGGAAGAUGAUGAGAAGACCUCGUCGGCUCCUGCGGCGAAGACCGACGCUGCAGAGGACGUGAUUGACUGGGAUGACGAUGUUCCCGCGGAGAAGCCAUCUACCGAAGCUGGUGCCAACGCCAUUGCUGCUGGCGGCAAGGGUCCUGUCGCCAACCCCGUCGCUGUGCCGAACCAAAAGCUCGAUAUCGAUCCUGCUACCACCGAAGAGCUCAAGGUGGAAUCAACUGGCGCUGCCGCCGAAACUGGCGAGAACCCCGCAGCCGCCAUUGAAGUCGAGCAGAAGCCUGCCGUCGAUUAUACUAAGGGUCUCCCUACCACCGAUCUAGAGGCGGAGCUGGCGAAGCGCAAAGCUCGUGCUGCCAAGUUCGGCAUUGUUGAGGAUGAGGAGACUGCUGUGAAGGAGGCCGAGAAGCAGCUGGAGCGCGCAAAGCGUUUCGGCGCCGGUACUGCCGAGUCCACCACUGACGUUGGCGUCAAGGGCCUUGACGAAGCUCUCCCUGAGAAGUCCCGCAAGAGAGGCCGCACCGAACAGGGUGGACGCGGAGGCAAGCGACGUGACCAGGGCCGGGAUCAGAACCGAGGCAACCAGGGCAAUCAGGGUAACGCGGGCCGCCAGGGCAACCAGAACCGAAAUGCCGGAAACAAGGGUAGAAACGGCGGUGGAAACAGGGCGCCGAGCGGACAGCCGAAGAGCUUCAGUGAGCAGGAUGUCGCUGCGAUGGAAGCUCGCAAGAAGCGUUUCACAACCGCCGCUUAG